GAGGGCGCUGCCAUCGUCCUGCUGCACGGCAAGGCCAGCUUGGCGAGCCUGGCCAUGGCCGCCAUCCGCAAGAAGCUGGUGGUGGUGGGAGACGGUGCCUGUGGCAAGACCUGCCUCCUCAUCGUCUUCAGCAAGGACGAGUUCCCCGAGGUCUACGUGCCCACUGUCUUCGAGAACUACGUGGCUGACAUCGAGGUGGAUGGCAAGCAGGUGGAGCUGGCCCUGUGGGACACGGCUGGGCAGGAGGACUACGACCGCCUGCGCCCCCUCUCCUACCCAGACACCGACGUGAUCCUCAUGUGCUUCUCUGUGGACAGUCCGGACUCGCUGGAGAACAUCCCGGAGAAGUGGGUGCCCGAAGUCAAACACUUCUGCCCCAACGUCCCCAUCAUCCUGGUGGCCAACAAGAAAGACCUGCGCAACGAUGAGCAUGUGCGCAACGAGCUGGCCCGCAUGAAGCAGGAGCCGGUGCGCACUGAGGAUGGCCGUGCCAUGGCCAUUCGCAUCCAGGCCUAUGACUACCUGGAGUGCUCGGCCAAGACCAAGGAGGGUGUCCGGGAGGUCUUUGAGACUGCCACCCGGGCAGCCCUUUGCCCACCACCUACGACUCCCAGGCAGCCUCCUCUCUUUUGCAAGAGGAGAGUGGUGGAGCUGAGAUGCUCGAAGGGACUUCUGCCUCCUGCCUGCAUGUGCCUCCCCCCCAGGUAGGCUGGGGAAGGGGGCUGCAUCUCCCAGGCUGCCUGCAGCAUCCUCCUCUCUCCUGCAGAUGUUUCAGCCUGAGCCUGACCUGCUGUGGAAGUUAGUGCCCUGAAGACUGAGACUGUGAGGGGAGGGUCGUCCCAAGCGAAGCCUGUAUAUAUCUUACCUUUUCUGUCUUGUGCAAACUGGGGUAGUGCAGGGGGUGCUUAUCUAAAGUGAGGUGGGGAGGGGGUGGCCAGCUGGGACUUGUGUUGUGCAAAGGAACUUUCCCCGAGAGACUGAUGCCCGCUGGUAACAUGAGCCUUGAACUGACUCCAGCUGCAGAAGCCAUCAGGCUGGAAAGUAAAGCUGAACUGCUCUGUCCUGCUGUCUGGGUAUCCUCCUCCUGAUGGACAAGGCAGGACAAGCAAGGGGGAAGAGGAUAAUGUUGCCAUAUUAUGAUCUCGGUGCCUGCUCCUUCCUUUAAUGUUGUCUUCUGCAAGUAUGUUGAUUUGGGUUUAUUUAAAAGUUUUAUUUUCAAAAGAAAGUACUUUGCACAACUUGGUGGAUUUUUGUUUUUUAAAUUAAACACUCAAUGCACUUGUCAUCUGCAUACAACACUGUAGCAUUGGAAACAUCCUUACUUAUAACCUCAUCUGAGUCUUGUUUUAAAUUGUGAUUUCAACACAAGAUAAAAUAAAACCACUGUAUCUUUUUGUCUUGGAAAAAAUGGGUGGAAGCACUCUUCCUUAUGCAGUGAGUACAUCAGACAUUAAUACUAAAGGGCAAUUUAAAUAAUCUAGGUUUAUUUAAAACUUUAUUUUCACAGGGUAGCCAACCCAGGUGAAAAUAAUCUUGUGUUUCUCUGGUUCAGAGAACAAAUGUAUCCAUCUAUGGUUUUUUUUUACUUUUCUCCCUCUUCCCUCAACAGUGGUACUGAGACUGUUCCUGGUUUUGUUUUUAAUAAACUGACAUGGCAAAAACUGA